AAAGGAUGUUGUUUCGAGACAUCUUUGACUUGUGAUCCGCCUAUCCAUAUCUACUUGGUAAAUUGUUAACCACCAUGGGCCACACCAAUAACAAUGCAUGGGUCGAGAAGCACGACCGUCAUGAUCAGAGGAGCGAUGUAUCAAACGUUCGUGGUGAUAUGAAAAAGAACGGUGCUGGAGCUGGUAAUUGGGGAACGCUCGGCGAUGAAGUUUUGGAAGAGAGGAAAGAAAUGGCUAUUGAACCAACUCAUUCUAAUGAUAAGCUUCAGGUCUAUCAUCGGAUGUCCUUUAGGUUCUGAACAAAAGGCAAUUCACACGACUUCGCAGAUGGUCACAAUAAGAAAAACGAGACUCCAAUUUAAUAAUGAAAAAGCCAUUGAAGCACCUCCCUUUGCUAUCUCAAGAAAGGAAUAAAUAAAAAUUUGCAGUUCGUAAACGCUUAUGCAGCAAAUCUCGAAAUUGGCAUGCCUUCACUGUAUUCAAUUAAAUG